GUAUCAAGAGGGUGUCCGGGCUCAUUCUUUGUCUGUUGCACGUGACUGUUUCCAAGUGGCAACUGAUAUUCGCUCGGGCCCUGUGCCAGUGAAUGGAAAGAACUGUUUUAUUUUGUAGUGAUGGCUGUUAAUGGUGCAGCUGCCGAACAAAUGACUGAUUCGCCCAACACAGAAUUUACCCCUGUUGCAGAUUCAACACAGGACCCCCAAGUAGAGCACCCUACUGACGUCUCUGCUACCGACGAUAUCCAAGAGUACGCAACCGACGAUGAAUUUUAUGACUCUCACGAAUAUUCGACUGAAGAGCUCGAGCGCAUGCUUCGAGAAGCCAAUGACUUCAAGACGGCUGGAAAUGAAUAUUUCGCUAAAGGACAGUAUGAUGAGGCCAUCGGAAAAUAUGAAGAUGCCCUUUUUGCUUGCCCAGAACGAAAUACCGAAGAGAGAGCUGUCUUCUUUUCAAACAUAGCUGCAUGUCAAAUGAAACAGAACAAGUAUACCGAGGCCAAAGACACAUGCUCCAAAGCUAUUGAGCUGUCACCAGCGUACAGCAAAGCAAUAUUUCGAAGAGCGCAAGCUGGAGAAAAAAUUGCAUCAUAUUCUGCACUGACGGAAGCACUGAAAGACUAUCAAAGCGUACGGGAAUUACCAGAUAUAACAGAUUUCACAAGAAAAGAGUGUUUGAAAGCAGAGCAGAGACUGCCUUCCAUGAUAAAGGAUCAAGGUGAAAAAGAGAAGGAGGAGAUGAUGGGCAAGCUAAAGGACCUUGGCAAUACGCUUCUUGGAAAGUUUGGGUUGUCCACAAAUAACUUCCAGAUGCAGAAGGACCCAUCGAGUGGUAAUUACAGUGUAAACUUUGUAAAUAAGAACUGAUGAUUUAAUAGCAAGUCAUCCUCAAUAAAGUAUCAAAAGCAAGAAGCUCUUUGUCUUCUAUGACUGC